AUGGUGCACUGGUCAACGCUUCCUGCUACGUUGCUCCUAUAUAUCCUGGGGACCGUUGCUGCAACUCGACCGGAAACGUUCAAGGAAGAGCUGACGCUGCGGCCUUUACGCGAUGGCAAAGUUAUAUCCAGAUUCUCGUUUAGUACUUUGCUGGAGGGAGGCGUUCCCAGAAACCCGGAAAAAAUAGAUGCGGGAAAUAUACCCCAACAUUACACAUUAUUCCCACUCGCACUGGGUCAAGUACUCCAGGAGUAUGCUACCACCGAGCUGCACCUCUCCCUGAACGCCGGAAAAUGGGACUACGACCGCUGGGGCUAUCCAGACGAGCAAGAAGUCGGGACUGGAGCCCAGCUAUGGGCGUGGAUUGGCGACGGCGGUUCAUCCUCCGUAGACGAGCGAUGGAAAGGCCUGCGCAACGCCCUUGCCGGGCUCUUCUGUGCGUCAAUCGGCUCCCUCGACGAGCAGCGCACCACGAUACCCAAGCUCGCAUUCGCACCGGAAGGCGACCUCCCAGCGUGGACCCUCCCGCACCAACUGCGCCAUGCAACCUUGCCCUCUGAGACCGUCUGCACCGAGAACCUGACGCCCUUCCUCAAGCUCCUGCCGUGCAAGGGCAUCUCGGGCAUUGCGACCCUGCUUAACCCGCACCGCCUUUUCGGGGCGGACUGGCACGGCAUGAGCGUCCACGUUACCUGGCAUGCGGAGAGAGGCGUCGAGGUACGGCUAGCGUUCCAGGCGGUCUUUGACCCGGUGCGGUUGUCGUUCGACAAGAAGCGCGACUGGUCUCUGCAGUCGAUUUUUGGUAGGCCCAUCGGCAAAGCAUGUCCGGUUGCUAGCGCCAGCCGUAUUGUCGUCGAGCUGCCCACGAAUGAGGCGUACUCGAUCGACCCGCAGCCGUCCACAGUUCAGGAUGGCAAGGCCAUCUAUGAUACGUCAAAUAUUGAGAGUGAACUAAACUUGGCAUUAAGAUGGCCGCUGGAAUCUGAAUUCGUGUACCCCCUGGAUCCAGCCUCGCAGCCUCCUAGUCCUCUCUCGGUCCAACGCACAAUGGCAGGCACCAGCCAAUCUCGCGGGCGGCUAUCGGUGUCAAUACGGAAUAGCCUGCCGUCGGAGAUCCAGGCGGUCUACCUCGAGACGAUGCCGUGGCACGUCCAGUUUUAUCUCCACACUCUCAAGAUAUCCAACGGCGGCAGCGCACGUGAUGAUUUGCUGUCCGAUAUAGCCUACACCCCACCGGUCCCGCACGGUCGCCCGGCGUUGUUCGAGUCCGUGCUGACGCUGCCGCCGAACAGCACCACGCAGCUCGAGAUGGAGGUGAUGAAGUCGUUCCUGCGGUACACCGAGCACCCGCCGGACGCGCAGCGCGGGUGGGACCUCCCGCCAGCGGUGCUUGUGCCCCUGGCGGAUGUCCUUCGCGCUCCUGUCAAUGGAUCUGAGCCAGCAGGACGCAGGGCGAGGAUCUACACCCGGGUGCUCCUCGUGGACCUCGCGACGCCGGACUUCAGCAUGCCGUACAACGUGAUCAUCAUGAGCUGCACGCUCAUCGCGCUCACGUUCGGGAUGGUGUUCAAUUUGAUGACGAGGAGGUUUGUGGUGGUGAGGUUGAAGACGGGGCCUGUUGCCGAGAACGCGGCGGAGGAAAAGGACAAGUCGAUAUAG